AUGCAAGCUUUUGUGAUGCUGUUCUUAGUGAUUGCAGCACUUUUAAGCAAUUGUGUCUAUUCAUUACCAGCAAUCAAUUUUACAGAUAGUGCAGUACCUAAUGAAAUGAUUAGAACAUUGAGCGAAGCUCUUGUAGCUCAAACUGAACAACAACAACAACAACUACCGACACAAGUUGAUCCUCGAGGUUAUUACUAUCCAUAUCCAUAUCAAAAUGUUAAUUGGUAUAACUUUCCUUAUUUAUGGCCUGCUGUAGCUGGUGGUCUUCUUGCACCUACUGCACCACUCGCUGGUGUUGGUGCUCAAUAUACUGGUUUAGGUACUGGAUGUCCAACAGGUUUCUGUCCAAAUGGUGCUAGUUGUUCUCAAUAUGCUGGUAACUGGCAAUGUGGAUGUAGUCUAGGUGGAUGUGCUGGAAUUGUAAAUUAUUAA